AUGAGAAAAGAUCGCAAUUCAUUGACUAAAAAUAGAAGUAUUAUUGUUAAAAACGAAAUGGAAAAUGAGGUAAAUCAAAAAGAAAUAUUGAAUCUGUGCAAUGAAAAAAAUACCUUGGUCUGCAAUAUUCAUGGAUCAGAGGACUCAAAUAAAAGACAUUAUUUAUUAACGAUAUACGAAUUGUAUGUAUUUAGAACUGUGGUAUGCACUUCUCAUUUGCAAGGAAAAUGCAAGAACUCUGACAGUUGUCCUUUUAGUCAUUGCUUGACAUGGCAAAGAAGGAAUCCAAAUGAUCAUUAUUACUCACCAAAAUUAUGUCCAGAAAUAUGUUUUAUAAAGAGCAACGAGAAGAUGAAUUUGAUAAGAAGAUGCAAAAAAGGAAAGUUAUGUACAUUUGCCCAUUCAAAGGAAGAACAAUUAUAUCACCCAUUAAUGUAUAAGACUAAAGAGUGCUCUCUAUAUCCAAAUUGUAACAGAUAUUAUUGUCCUUUUUCACAUGGUAUUGAACAGAUUAGAACCCCGGAAAGGGUAAGGCAAUCUAUUGAAGAAGUAGCGAAAAAUAAUUCACAAGGUAUUUUAAAGGAUCCAUAUUUAUUAUUAUCUAAUAUUGUAAAUGGUAAGAAGCCAAAUUAUGAUAUUAAAAAUCCAAAAUCGUAUUUAGAUAUUACAAAAAGUAAAAAGAAUACUUUUUUAAAGUCAAAAUGCCCAAAUUCAACAUUAAGUAACUCUAAAAUAAACAAUAUUCCAGAGUUAGUACAAAAAGAUAUUAAUUCAAUUUGGGAUUCUGUUGACAGCUGGAAUUUGAAUGCAUCCAAUAUGAACUUUCAUCCAGCAUUUAUGGAAAUUAUGUCAUUUAACGAGCAGGAUCAACAAUAUAUUGGCCCAGAUUUUAAUCCGUGCUCAUUUAAUAGUGUCUCUCCAGAAAGUAGAUUUGAGACAGAAUAUGAUCAAAUUUGGAAGGAAAUAUCUACAGAAUAUAACAAAAAAAAAUUAUGA